UCUCUCAGUCCGAUUUCGAACUUUUUAGGAGACGGGACAAGAAUUACAGAAAAGUAAAAACUUCAGGCCGAACGAAAAUAAUUCUACUCACAGUACGGGAUAAUAGUGACCUUCCAUCGGAGUUGGAUUAGCAGCGAGAAAAGAGUGCGCUAGGCUUCGCAGAAGCCUAUCGAAGUUGAAUGCUGCGCGCACAAAAAAAUGGUUCCAAAGGUGCAAAUGUGAAAGUUAUUUUUUUCCGAUCUACUAUCUCGGUUGAAAGAAAAAUAUAAGAAAACCUCUAAUCGUGUAGAAUCAUUGGGGAAGGGACGGGGAGUCGGAGCAGCAGUGCGAAGAGUGUACAAUAAAGUGUCGUGGCCCUGAAGAUUAAAGCGGCUGUCAGGAGGUUUGAUUCUUCCUGAAGCUUUUCGAAAGUGAGUCAGAAUGUCGGUGGUCCGCACCAAGGUUCUUGGACUGGUGGACGUAAUAAUGCGAGUCCCGAGUCUAUUCAUCAUCGACGAGAUCCUGAAAAUCAGCAUGGGAUUGCCGAAUUCGUCUCCUGCGUCGUCGGCCGUAAACACUGCUUCGCAGGCCACUUCGUCGGCUGCCAUGGUGGAACCUGUGGCGGAAUCGUUGGUCAAUGCGACCCUAAAUGCCACACUGAAGGCGGCCACGGCAGCUGCAGCGGAUUUUCUAGCAGGCACCGUCAGCCCCGACAUCGGGGGCCCAAACCUGGACGAUUCCCGCAGGGAUGAUAUCGAGUUUUAUAAACUCCUCUCGCUUACGACGAUCAAAUUUCUGCUGUGCCUUUUCGGCUGCAUCAGCGCUGCAUGCGUAUUCAUGCUGUGGACUCGUCACCUAGUCAUAGUAUAUAUGUACAUAAUAUCAGUGGGUCUCAUCUUUCUGUCCUACUGGAGCAAUGUCUCGGCCCUAUCGGUAAUAUCGGAUGGACCGAGCCUACUCGAAGAUAUCCUAUCACUCAACAUGGAACGGCUGUUAGAUCCGGGAGGCGUCGCUCUUUCCAUACUACCCCAUCUGCUGGCUCAGUGGCUGAUGGGGGUUAUUUUCGCAUACAUCCACCUUGGGCCAAAAUACAAACUUAUUCAGAAAGCGCUACCAUUUAGCUUCCUGAUGCCAUUAUUCCUGGCAAUGUUGCCGCUGCCCAUGGUAGUGCUGAAACAUUCCCCUGCGUUUGCCGCAAUCCUGCCUUUAGUGUUGUCAAAAAUCGCACUUUGGAGUUCGUCGUUCGAUGUGGUCAAAACUAUCAUAAAUGGCUACCAGCACGCUCGGAACUUUGCCAGCAAUUUUGGCCUCUCGGCCCUUAUUGAAAACGAGUGGCAGCGGCUGAAUGUGCCAUGUGUUCUGAGAGCAUUUUGGACUAUCCGGCUAUCCGAGCAGUUGAUUAGCUUGCUAGCGAACUCAGACGUGCCACUAAGAUUUGCUGCAACUGUCCAAAGCUUACUCGUCGGUGGUUGUGAAACUUUGACCGCUGUGCUGGGAAUGACGAGCAUCAUUUCACUGAUAUGCCAUUAUAUUGGAAAAGCUUUCCAGUUGUUCCUUAUGUCGGAGGACUACGACGAGGACAAAUCCAUAGGAACUGUAUCCGCGAUCCUGUUCUACAUUCUAGCGUUGCAAACGGGUCUCACUUCGCUAUCGCCGGACAAACGGUUUAUACGUUUGUGUAGAAACUUGUGCCUGUUGAUUACGGCGUUGCUGCAUUUUCUGCACAAUAUUGUUGCGCCCAUACUUAUGUCGCUGAGUGCUGCAAGGAACCCAUCGCGAAAACGACAUGCUCGAGCUUUGAUGGUAUGCGCAUUUUUGCUGUUAACUCCUGUUGGUCUACUCAGCAUCCUCUGGACUCGCCAUUCUCCUUCGACGUGGCUUUUGGCUGUGACAGCUUUUUCAGUUGAAGUUAUUGUAAAGGUUUUAGUUAGCCUGGCUACGUACACAUUGUUCCUGUUGGACGCUAGAAGACAGACAUUCUGGGAAAAACUCGAUGAUUACGUAUACUACAUCCGUGCUUUUGGUAAUUCAGUUGAAUUUUGCUUCGGAAUUUUCCUCUUCUUCAAUGGAGCAUGGAUUCUUAUAUUCGAAUCAGGCGGAGCCAUCCGAGCGCUGAUGAUGUGCAUCCACGCGUACUUCAACAUCUGGUGUGAGGCACGUGCCGGCUGGGCUGUGUUUAUGAAGCGGCGCACGGCGGUGCACAAAAUAAGUUCGCUUCCGGAAGCGACACCGCUGCAGUUGCGCUCCUUCGAUGAUGUUUGUGCAAUAUGUUAUCAGGAAAUGACCUCAGCCAAAAUUACCCGUUGUAAGCAUUACUUCCAUGGUGUAUGCCUGAGAAAAUGGCUAUAUGUUCAGGAUCGCUGCCCAUUAUGCCAUGAAAUAAUAAUGAAUCAAGAUGGAAAGAAUGGGGAAUGUAACGGCGAUCAACCCAAUGAAGACGAAAAUGAACAGAGCCCCAAUCAAAUGUCUAAUUCCAAUUCAGCACCAGGUUCUUUGGGAUCGGCCAAUGGUACGCUGAACGCACAAAUUGACGCUUCAUCGAGUGCCACUAGCUCCACUAGCAGUAUUGCUACUUCUGCCAACAACAGCAGCAGUGCCAGCAGUAAUAGUAAUCACAGCCGGAACCAUGGGCUCACAGUGAGUGGCUUCCGAAUUCCAAAUCCGGCAUCGGUGACGGCUUCCUCGUCAUCGUCGUCCGCCGUGUCAUCGCCAGUUCCUUCUUCGGCGAGUGGUGUAUCGUCUGAUACGGCAGCAGCAGCAGUGACCGCGGCUGCAAUUUCACAAAUCAUCCGACAGCACCAGCUACAGCAGCACCAGCCACGCUCGCCAGACAGAGAUUUUCUGGACGAACUGGAGUAAGAGAAAACGGAAAUCAAUCGGCUCAGUAAGGUAUACAACUAGGUGUGUAGUUUUCUUUGUUUUCUUACCGUUUUCGUUAGAAAAGCAUUAUUCGGAUACGUGUCCUAUGUGUACAUUUUUUUUUCGUUGCCUUUUGUGGAGGCGUAUUUAAAACGUUAUUUUAGUCUAAUUGCUGGAUCCACAUUUCUUAGGUAAUUGAAAAAGAACGAAACCAGUUGUUCAAAUGGAGGAGAGAAUAAUCAAAAUCAUAUAAUUUUGUGACACGGCGUGGCAUCGGACAAUAUACUUAAUCAAGCACAACUGUGCUAGAUUUUGAUAAAAAAUAAACAUAGCAAGUUCCACA